CUUGAGCUGCCAACAAUGGCCCUCUCGGUAGACUCGUCUUGGCAGCGGUGGCAGUGGCGAGUCCAGGAUGGCUUCCCCCAGUCUCCUUCAGAAACCACACCAUUACUCUCCCCAGAAGGGGGAAGGCAGCACUACAACCUGACCCAGCAGCGGCUCGUGUUCCCCAACAACAAUGUGUUCCACCAAGAGUGGGAGAAGAUCUCCAAGAAAUACUCCAGCAAUAGUAUCCGCACCACCAAAUACACCCUUUUCACUUUCCUGCCCCAGAAUCUCUUUGAGCAGUUUCACAGAUGCGCUAACCUCUAUUUCCUGUUCCUGGUGGUUCUGAACUGGAUGCCUUCCAUGGAGGUGUUCCACAAGGAAAUCACCAUGUUACCACUGGCCAUUGUUCUCUUCAUAAUCAUGGUCAAGGACGGCCUAGAGGACUUCAGGAGACAUCGCUUUGACAAAGAGAUCAACUGUUCCAACAUCCGCAUGUAUGAAAGGAAACAGCAGAGCUAUGUGCAGAAAUGCUGGAAGGAUGUGCGUGUGGGAGACUUCAUCCAAAUGCACUGCAACGAGAUCGUCCCGGCAGACAUCCUCCUCCUCUUCUCAUCGGACCCCAGCGGGAUCUGCCACCUGGAAACUGCCAACUUGGAUGGAGAGACAAACCUCAAACAAAGGCGUGUUGUGAAAGGCUUCGCACAGCAGGAGGUACAGUUCGAGCCGGAACAUUUCCACAACACGAUCGUGUGUGAGAAGCCCAACAACCACCUCAACAAAUUUAAGGGCUACAUGGAGUACCCCGACAAGACCAGGACUGGCUUUGGCAGCGAGUGUCUUCUGCUUCGAGGCUGCACCAUCAGAAACACCGAGGUGGCUGUUGGCAUUGUCAUCUAUACAGGCCACGAGACAAAAGCCCUGCUGAACAACAGCGGCCCCCGGUACAAGCGCAGCAAGAUUGAGCGGCGUAUAAACGUAGACAUCUUCUUCUGUAUUGGCCUUCUCUUUGUCAUGUGCCUCAUCGGAGCUGUCGGUUACAGUCUCUGGAAUGGAACCUUUGAAGAACAUCCUCCCUUUGAUGUGCCGGAUGCCAGUGGCAGCUACCUGUCCCCAGCCCUGGGGGGCUUCUACAUGUUCCUCACCAUGAUCAUUCUACUCCAGGUGCUGAUCCCCAUCUCGUUGUACGUGUCCAUUGAGCUGGUGAAGAUCGGGCAAGUGUUCUUCCUACAUAAUGACGUUGACCUGUGCGAUGAAGAGGCAGGUUGGCCCAUUCAGUGCCGAGCCCUCAACAUCACAGAGGACCUGGGCCAGAUCCAGUAUAUCUUCUCUGACAAGACGGGGACCCUGACGGAGAAUAAGAUGGUGUUCCGGCGUUGCUCCAUCAUGGGCAACGAGUACUGUCACCAAGAAAACGCCAAACGACUGGAGACUCCGAAAGAGCUGGACUCAGACAGUGAGGAAUGGGCCCAGUACAACUGCCUGCGUCUCCCAGCCAGGUGGGCCCAGGUUCCAGCAACAGUGAGAAGUCAAGGAGGUUCACAGCCACUGAGGAGGAGCCAGAGCGCACGGGUACCCAUCCAGGGCCACACCCGACAAAAGUCCGUGGGGAACUGUGAAACUUCACAACCUCCUGUAGCCUUCAGCAGCUCCAUAGAGAAAGACGUGACUCCAGAUAAACACUUACUCACCAAGGUGCGAGAUGCUGCCCUCUGGCUGGAGACCUUGUCCGACAGCAGACCCGCCCAGCCCUCCUUUGUGAGCACCUCUUCCAUUUCUGACUUCUUCCUUGCCCUAACUAUCUGCAACUCCGUCAUGGUGUCCACGACCACGGAGCCCAGGCAGAGGGUCACCAUCGCUCCCUCAAGCAAGGCUCUGGGCAUGUCCCUGGAGAAGAUUCAGCAACUGUUCCAGAGACUGAAGCUGUUGAGCCUCAGCCAGUCACUCUCAUCCACCGCACCCUCCGACACAGACCUGGGGGAGAGUUUGGGAGCCAACGUGCCCACCACUGACUCAGAUGAGAGAGACGAUGCCUCUGUGUGCAAUGGAGGUUACUCCACUGAUGGCGGCUACAGGAGCAGCACCUGGGAGCACAGUGACAAUCUGGGGUCCGGGUCAGCCACCUCAAUGGAGGAGAUGUCGGAGGCACCAGCCCUAGGCCUGGCCAAGCCCGAGUUGUGUUACGAGGCAGAGAGCCCUGACGAGGCAGCCCUCGUGCACGCUGCCUGUGCCUACAGCUUCACCCUGGUGUCUCGGACACCCGAGCAGGUGACCGUGCGUCUGCCCCAGGGCACCUGCCUCACUUUCGACAUCCUCUGCACUCUGGGCUUCGACUCAGUCAGGAAGCGAAUGUCUGUGGUGGUGAGGAACCCAUUAACCAGAGAGAUUGUCGUGUACACGAAGGGCGCUGACUCGGUCAUCAUGGACCUGCUGGAAGACCCGGCCCAUGGGAGUGAUGCUGAUGUGGAAAAUAAGCUGAAGAAGAUCCGAGCUCGGACCCAAAGGCAUCUAGACCUGUAUGCGAGAGACGGCCUGCGCACAUUGUGCAUUGCCAAAAAGGUCAUAAGUGAAGAGGACUUCCAGAGAUGGGCCAGUUUUCGACAGGAGGCUGAGGUCGCCCUUGACAACCGAGAAGAACUUCUAAUGGAGACAGCGCAGCAUUUGGAGAAUCAACUCACCUUACUCGGAGCCACUGGAAUCGAAGACCGGCUGCAGGAGGGUGUUCCAGAUACCAUCGCUGCUCUGCGAGAGGCUGGGAUCCAGCUCUGGGUCUUGACUGGAGAUAAGCAGGAGACAGCAGUCAACGUCGCCUAUUCGUGCAAGCUGUUGGACCAGACUGACACUGUUUACUCCAUUAAUACAGAGAGUCAGGAAACUUGUGAAUCGAUCCUCAAUUGUGCACUGGAAGAGAUAAAGCAAUUCCAGGAGCCACAGAAGCCACACUGCACGUUCUUUGGGUUCCACCUACCGUAUAAGAUAGCAUCAGUCCCUCCAGGAGCUGCAGUUCCAGUAGUAGGAUUGGUGAUUGAUGGAAAGACAUUGAAUACCAUCUUGCAGGGAAAGCUAGAGAAGAAGUUUCUGGAAUUGACCCAGUACUGCCGGUCUGUGCUGUGCUGCCGCUGCACACCUCUCCAGAAGAGUAUGAUCGUCAAGCUGGUGCGAGACAAGUUGCGCGUCAUGACUCUUUCCAUAGGUGAUGGAGCAAAUGACGUCAGCAUGAUUCAAGCUGCCGAUAUUGGAAUUGGAAUAUCUGGGCAAGAAGGCAUGCAGGCUGUCAUGUCCAGUGACUUCGCCAUCUCCCGCUUCAGGUACCUCAAGAAGCUGCUGCUCGUCCACGGCCACUGGUGCUAUUCACGCUUGGCCAGAAUGGUGGUGUACUACUUCUAUAAAAAUGUGUGCUAUGUCAUGCUGCUCUUCUGGUAUCAGUUCUUCUGUGGCUUCACUGGUUCUACUAUGAUCGACUACUGGCAGAUGAUAUUUUUCAAUUUGUUCUUCACCUCCUUACCCCCUCUCAUGUUUGGGAUCCUCGAUAAAGAUGUUUGUGCAGAAACAUUGCUGGCAUUGCCUGCGCUGUACAAGAGUGGGCAGCAGUCUGAGUGCUAUAAUCCGCUGACAUUCUGGAUUACCAUGAUGGAUGCACUCUACCAAAGCCUCGUGUGUUUCUUCAUUCCUUACCUGACCUACAAGGACUCUGAUAUUGAUGUCUUUACCUUUGGGACACCAAUCAACACUGUCUCCCUCACCACAAUCCUCUUGCACCAGGCAAUGGAAAUGAAGACCUGGACCGGCAUCCAUGUCUUCGUCAUGCUCGGCAGCUUCCUCAUGUACUUCCUGGUGACCCUGCUGUACAACGGUGUCUGUGUCACCUGCAACAGUCCCACCAAUCCCUACUGGGUGAUACAAAGGCAGCUUGCUGACCCCAUCUUCUACCUCGUCUGCGUCCUCACGCCUGCCGUGGCGCUUCUCCCAAGGUACUUCUUUCUAUCCCUACAAGGAACCUAUGCAAAGUCUCUGAUCAUAAAAGCUCAGAAAAUUGACAAACUACCCACUGACAUAAGAAACCAAGAAAUCCAGAGUUGGAGAAACAAACAGAGACCUACCCCUGUCCCUCAAGGGACUCAGCCCAGCCACCACCUAUUACCACCCGUCACAGAACAGAGCUUCAGAACCAGCACCCCAAAGAACUCCACCCCCCAUAAGCAGAAGCAUGUUGAAGAUUGGAUACUCCAGGGAGAGAGAGACAGCAGGGUGCACAUGACGGAUGACCCAUGCUCCAGGGACUCCUCAGCCAAACUCUCAUCUGGGGAGCAUCUGUUGACAUCUGACAGAACAGCUGCAGAAGCCUAUUUCAGUGGACAGACCAGCAGGGCCCGGCCCCCAAGCCGCAACAGCCAUCGCCGAUCCCAGAGUUCCCUGACCAUAUGAAGGGGCUGAAGACAUCUUUACAAGCUCAGAAGAGGCCACCCAAUCACUGACCUAAGUAACCCAGAAUGGUUCCUCUUCAAAGAGGAAAGAAUGUGCCAAUCCACUUUCUUCCCACUUGGCUUGACUUCCUUCAGGAAGUUGCUUGCUACAAAGGGUUUAACAAAAAGGAACUGGAAACCUACUGGGCCUCUAAUGUCCUCCGGCCACCAGCACACCUUGCAAAGCAUAGUUUUCACAAGCAGGUUGUGUUUCUCUGCUACUGAAUUCUCAUGUUGCAGAGCUGAAACACAUUCUUCUGAUCUUUUCUACCAGUGAAGCCUACAACCCAAUGCAAUGAGACCACAAGAUUACAAGAUUUCAAGAAGUUGUGUUCAUAAAGGCACCAACAGGAUAUAGAUGUUCCCAACCUUAUCAAACCAUCAUUUCUCCCCUCAGUGUCAUGGGGCCUGUGCACACAGGGCUUCCUAGC